CCUCAAUCCAAAGGAGGGCGACCCAUGGCAGUUCAACAAAAAGCAAUAUGCGGAGCAGGUGGCCCUUCGGAUAAUGACAGUGCACAAGCUUACAUGGGAUUUUGCUUGCACCUCAUGAACUUGCAUUUGAUUUGGCUCACCCCAAAUCCCAGCCUCAUCCAUGGCCCACCGUGAUGUCGCAUCAAGACGUUGCCGCAAUAUGGUCGAGACUGGCUGGUCGCGCGGAUAUUGACAAUAUCGUUCAAGAACUAAUCGGUCGAUAUUCGUUGGACAUUUCUGAACAAACAGCAGACCGGGCCGUGCUGCGUACCACUGCUUUCACCCAUGUUGUAGCGCUUCGGGCUAUCUUCGAUUUACAGAGAACAUACCUACAGUCACCAGAUCCGAGUUGUGAGGCGAGAUUCUCACUACUAAAUCCAAAUAUCCUUCUCUCCGUUAUCAAGCACCUUCUGGACGUCAAGAUCUCGGCAUUUUGUGCGCAUGAUGGCCUACCCGAACACGAUGCAUACUGUAGCUUUAUCGGGCAGACUCUGGUCUCUGGAAUCCGUGCUCUUCAUCUUCAAAGUCGACGCCUCUCUCUGUCCGAAUACCAAGCAGUUCUCCAGAAAUUCAAGCUAGCUUGGAACAAUGAGACCCUUCGUGGCGUCGACCACUUUUCCAUCAAUCUCUUUUGCCAAAGAAUGCUAGCAGAGCUGUCGAACAAGGUGCAAAAUCAUCGCUUGUCAAGUCCUGCUUGUGGAAUUCUUCGAUUACAAGAUUUCUUUCAAGGACUCUACCCACCAAACGAUAGCCACCAGAACGUUGAUCCGUUCGUACAAACAGUUCAAACCGCGAUCACCACAUCGAAAAGUUCGGCGGACUGGUUCUAUUGUGCUUUGGUUCUCUUUGACAUCUCUUGGGCCGUCAUCGGGGCAAUAAUACAGAUGUGCAUGGACAAACAAUAUUACAAAGGCUCUGGCCGCAGCGAUUUUCCCAGAAAUGUUGUGCCGUUGACUUUAACACCACGGUUCAAAAUGCUGAACGAAUUGUUCAAGGAGUCCGGUCCUUGUCCACCCCCAGGUGAACUGGAAUGGGCUUUUGAGCAAACCCAAACCAUGCUAUGUAUGGGCCUUGGACCUACUUGUUUUGAACAAGAAUGUUCUUGCCUGGAGGUACACCAGAACUUCGUCCAGGAAUUGCGAACACAAUAUAUAUCGAAUGAAGCUUCAGACAGUAUCGCCAGGCAUUUCGAGAAAAUAUCCCAUAUCGAUAUUGAACCAAUGCUCAAUGCGUUCCAGUCAACCCUAGAAGCUCGUCAUACUAUCCUUCCCGAUGCCAGCAAAGAACUCACAGCAAUUUCGCAAAAGCUUACUGACUUCACAAACGAAUGGUGCCCUGAAAUUCCCAAAUUGCUGGCACAUGACACCAGGAAGACGAUUACCGCCGAUGAUAUAUUUAUCGUUAAUUGUCCCGAACUUCAUCCUGUCCCCAGCAAAGUUCUCCUUCCUAAUUUAGAAGAAAGUUCUUUCCCGAAAUUUCCACAGACAGGCCUGGCAUCUGAGGAAAUCCAACUGUUGAAAGACAUUCCGUCGAGGCGGGGUUGUGGCCAGUGCUUAGAUCAGUCGCAUAGCAUCUCCGUCCGCAGGAUAGAACCUCUUUCGAAGAUUUCAGCAUAUCUCCAGGACCAGUUGAAGGAACGACGGAAAAUACUACGUAACAAAGCCGAUAUGGCAAUGAAGGUGUCUAGCAUAACACGCUCGCCGCCACGAUCAGGAAGACCCUUACCUUCCAGGCGACAAGAAUCUUCAACAUCGCCACGAACCAGUAAAUCUCCGGAGCAUCUAUAUGAAUUGCCAAGCAUCAAUUAUACACUUACACCAAUCAGGGAGACUGACCUGUCACCUCCAGGCUUAGAACCUAUAUCAAAACUUCGCCAUUCUGCGAUAAGCAGCGUUGACAUGCGCAGCGCGGUCUCGACAACUCAGCCAAAGUCCUCUUCUCCCACAAUUACAUAUGUUGGCUCUACCAGUUCUCUUUCGUAUCAUUCGGAGAAUCUGUCACGACCUACAUCCAGAACCUUCAGUCCGCCUCCAUUUCCAACAACCGACGAGACUACAGAUCUUCCUGAAGUUGUUGCACCUGUAAGAUCUAAACUUGCAUCCCCUACUUCACCCCAGUCAAUUGCGUCAGAUGCAAGUUCUAGCAUCAUACAGUCUCCCUCCAGGAAAUGGCUCUUCAAAUCGCGACGUGGAUAUAAAGGAACUUCCAAGAUCCCUUCUGCGACAUUCUUCACAUCUGGUCGAACUUUACUUCUCUGGAACGAAAGAGGAGCAUGCUCUUACGACCUUCAAAACAUCUUGUCCAUCUCACACCGCAUUGUUACUACAGGCGAUAUCCUCCUCGCGGCAGGCGGCACCAGAAAAAUUGGAGUAGUGAGCAAGACUGGUCCCAUAAUCCUGCUUCGUAUACUCCAGGGCACUGAUCAAAACCUCGCACACGAAACAGAGAUGGAAGAAGUUCCUCACGCUAUGGCUCUGUCAAGCAACGACCACUAUUUGGCAUUGAAGUUUGGAUCCUACGUUCGAGUGUUUGAUACGACCAGUGGAUCAUUUUUCCAUCACAAAUUACCUACUGUGAAUGGUCGAAGUGGUCCCAAAGACCACCUUGUCACAUUCUCCACAGAUUGCCUCUCAUUUGCUGCAACUACGAGAUUCGAGCCGGAGAAGGUGGUGACAUACUUCUGCGAAUGUCAGAACCCAUUGAAUGGAGACUAUGUUGAGAGCAGUGCGCCUUCUGGCCUAGUUGGUGAUGACGGCUUGUCAUCCCUUCUAUAUUCAGACAAGUCUGCGUUUCUCUCCACAUUCACAGAGAAAGGCUAUCCAGUCUAUCUCACUCUCCUUAACAGUAGAACCUCCAGUCGAGUAUUGCGUGACAAAAACCAGCAAGUAGGCUCUAAAAUCCAUUGCGCUGCUCUUUGCGCAACUGGACAAAACCUGGCUCUCUUCAACGAUCGCAACGAACUUUUCUGGAUAGACACUCCUUUCGGAAAAGAACGUGCUCCGACUCGAGUUGGCAGUAUUAAGCGAGAGAAAUCAGUUAGGCGCGAAGUUGAGCUAGCUAUGCCCAACAGUGAUGAAGUCCACUUAUUUUGGAUCUAUAAAGGGAAAGGAGUUCUCGUGACUAUGGGUAGACAUGGAGGCAAAAGCAAACCUUUGGAGUUGGAUGUUGAUUUGGAUCAUUUGCUAGAAUCGGAAUAAUUGGUC